GGUUCCCAUGACGUCAUCCCGAGCACAGCUGUAGCACCUGUUGUCUCGCGAGAUUCCACGAGAUGAUAAGUUGAAGAAACAUGGCGACGUCUAAUUUGUUAAAGAACAAGGGGUCCCUGCAGUUUGAGGACAAGUGGGAUCUGAUGCGCCCCAUCGUUCUCAAGCUGCUCAGACAGGAAGCCGUCACCAAGCAACAGUGGUUCGACUUGUUCUCAGAUGUCCAUGCUGUGUGUCUAUGGGAUGAUAAAGGACCAGCCAAAAUCCACCAAGCCCUCAAAGAGGACAUCCUAGACUUCAUCAAACAAGCACAGGCUCGGGUGCUGAGCCACCAGGACGACACAGCCCUGCUAAAGGCCUACAUCGUAGAGUGGAGGAAGUUCUUCACCCAGUGUGACAUCCUGCCCAAACCCUUCUGUCAGCUGGAGAUCACGCUCAUGGGCAAACAGGGCAGCAACAAGAAAACAAACAUGGAGGACAGCAUCGUACGCAAGCUGAUGUUGGACACGUGGAACGAGUCGAUCUUUUCCAACAUCAAGAGUCGCCUGCAGGACAGCGCCAUGAAGCUAGUGCACGCUGAGAGACAGGGGGAGGCCUUCGACUCCCAGCUCGUUAUAGGAGUACGAGAGUCGUACGUGAACCUGUGUUCUAACCCAGAGGACAAGCUGCAGAUCUACAGGGAUAACUUUGAGAAAGCCUACCUGGACUCCACAGAGAGGUUUUACAGAACACAGGCACCGUCCUACCUGCAACAGAACGGCGUCCAGAACUACAUGAAAUAUGCAGACGCGAAGCUGAGAGAAGAGGAGAAGAGAGCACUUAGAUAUCUAGAGACACGUCGUGAAUGUAACUCUGUUCAAGCUCUUAUGGAGUGUUGUGUGAACGCUCUGGUGACCUCGUUCAAAGAGACCAUCCUCGCCGAAUGUCCAGGGAUGAUCAAACGAAACGAGACAGACAAGCUGCACCUGAUGUUUUCACUGAUGGACAAGGUUCCCAGCGGGAUCGAGCCCAUGCUGAAAGAUUUGGAAGAACAUAUCGUCAAUGCUGGACUAGCAGACAUGGUGGCUGCUGCCGAGACUAUCACUAGCGACUCUGAGAAGUACGUGGAGCAGUUGUUGACUUUGUUUAAUCGCUUCAGUAAGCUGGUAAAGGAGGCCUUCCAUGACGACCCUCGCUUCCUCACAGCAAGAGAUAAGGCUUACAAGGCUGUUGUCAAUGACGCCACCAUCUUCAAACUGGAGUUGCCUCUGAAACAGAAAGGUGUGGGUAUGAAGACUCAGCCGGAGUCAAAGUGUCCUGAGCUGCUGGCGAACUACUGUGACAUGCUGCUGAGGAAAACUCCUCUCAGCAAGAAACUCACCUCGGAGGAAAUCGAGCUCAAACUCAAAGAAGUGCUCUUGGUGUUGAAGUACGUCCAGAAUAAAGACGUGUUCAUGCGUUACCACAAAGCUCACCUGACCAGGCGCCUGAUUCUGGACAUUUCAGCCGAUAGCGAAAUUGAAGAGAACAUGGUGGAGUGGCUGAGAGAAGUAGGAAUGCCUGCUGAUUAUGUGAACAAGCUGGCCAGGAUGUUUCAGGACAUCAAGGUCUCAGAGGACCUCAAUCAGGUCUUCAAAGAGAUGCACAAACACAACAAGCUGGCACUGCCAGCGGACAGUGUGAACAUUAAGAUCCUGAACGCCGGGGCGUGGUCACGAAGCAGUGAGAAGGUUUUUGUCUCGCUGCCCACGGAGCUGGAGGACCUGAUCCCUGAGGUGGAAGACUUCUACAAGAGGAAUCACAGCGGUCGCAAACUCCACUGGCAUCACCUCAUGUCCAACGGCAUUAUCACCCUUAAAAACGAUGUGGGGCAGUACGACCUGGAGGUGACGACGUUCCAGCUGGCGGUGUUGUUCGCCUGGAACCAGAGACCCAGAGAGAGAAUCAGCUUUGAGAACCUCAAACUGGCCACCGAGCUGCCUGACGCAGAGCUCCGCCGUACACUCUGGUCUCUAGUGGCCUUCCCCAAGCUGAAGAGACAGGUGUUGUCGUAUGACCCUCCAGUUAGCUCGCCUAAAGAUUUCACAGACAGCACGCUCUUCUACGUCAACCAGGAGUUCUCACUCAUCAAAAACUCCAAAGUCCAGAAGCGUGGAAAGAUCAAUCUGAUUGGUCGUCUGCAGCUGACCACAGAGCGAAUGAGAGAAGAGGAGAAUGAAGGAAUCGUUCAGCUCAGAAUACUCAGAACUCAGGAGGCCAUCAUCCAGAUCAUGAAGAUGAGGAAGAGGAUCAGCAACGCCCAGCUGCAGACGGAGCUGGUGGAGAUCCUGAAGAACAUGUUUCUGCCUCAGAAGAAGAUGAUCAAGGAGCAGAUCGAGUGGCUCAUCGAACACAAGUACAUAAAGAGGGACGAGACAGACAUCAACACCUUCCUCUACAUGGCCUAGGCAGCGAGGGAGAGAGGGAGCGCUUUCUUGCUCUGUUUUUUUACUUCUGGCCUGCAACCGGCGCUUUAAAACCCUGCGAGAGGAGAAGGAACAAAAGGAUGUGUGAAGACGACGACAGGGGGUGGUGAGAAGAAGGGAGCUCGUCGAAGGACGAGGAAGAGCCGUUUCAACAAAAGUGUGGAUAUUUAUUCGUGUUUGUGAGACGCCAGUGUGUCAUGGAGGUGAGAGUCGAGUCAUAGGACUGUCUGUUUGUCUCCGCUGCCCUCUAGUGUCGAUCAGAGGACAGAGACACAGCAGCUGAGAUGAAAAUAAAUAGUGACUGAUAAUUCAAUUAAAUACUUCCUGCCUUACUUUGUCAGCGACGGACUGCAGAGGAGGAGCUGUGAGGAGGAGACAAAUGUAACAAGCUGAUAUCAAUCCUUUGCUUUCACUUAAUGCCACAGCUGCCAUCUUAGCGGCAGCCAUUUUGCAUCCCUCCUCUUCUACAUUUGUCUUAUUUUUGAACUGGGAAUGCAAAAAAAGCCGCAAGUGAAAGCUGCCAUUGAGGAGACGGAUGAAGAGAUUAGUUGAAACUACCGAGGAGUAUUUUGCCAAAUUGUGUGUGUGUGUGUGUGUGUGUGUGUGUGUGUGUGUGUGUUUGGGUGCAUGGUGUGUAUCUGGUCUUUUAGAUGUGUGUAUGUGUGUGUGCACUUUUCAACAGCAUGCUGCUCUUUGGUUUUUGUUUGUUUGUUUGUUUAUUGGAGGAUCUGUCACACUUUGUGGUUGUGUCUGAGAAGGUUGGGAAAUCAAGACCAGCCCCCUUUUUAAAUGCUGAUAUUUAGUUUUUCUUUUUGCCUCCUGUGGCAGCCGCUAAUAUUUGUCAACAGGAAAGCAAGUGUUGUCUGGAGAACCCUCUUAAUUAUCAUACUGCAAACUGUUUGGUGUGUAAAGAUCAGUGCUCUGAACAGAUUAGAGACCAGCUGAUUGCAUCAAAGAGGCUGUAAAAGACAGUAAAAUAGAAACACAAAUACUUACUUAGACUAGAUUGUAGCUCCAUUACUGAAUUUUCACCUCAUUCUUUGCACAAUGUCAGUACCAGGAAAAUGCUGUUAAACUAAAACAACAGACAUUUAUUUCAUUAAGUUUUAAAAUGAAAGAGCUGCUGUGUUUUGGGGGUCUUUUCCCCCCAAGGAGGACAUUAUCUGAGCUAUUAAUUAUAGAGUUCACAUAGCCAUCAUGAUGUGUGUGUGUGUGUGUGUGUGUGUGUGUGUGUGUGUGUGUGUGUGUGUGUGUGUGUGUGUGUGUGUGUGUGUGUGUGUGUGUGUGUGUGUGUGUGUGUGUGUGUGUGUGUGUGUGUGUGUGUGUGUGUGUGUGUGUGUGUGUGUGUUGCCCUCUCUUCUCCCUUUCUGCCCAAACUCUCAGAUCCGACAGAUUCUCAUUCAUAUCAACACACAUCAACAUAUCAACCGUGGUUUUAAUUGUGUUGACGAUGAUAACGAUGUUGAAGCUAUACAUUACACAAUCAGUGCUUUCCUCUGAAGGAUCACUUCAGACUUAUUACUUUGAUUUGACUCUCGAAGGCCACAUGUGCAUGUAGUGGGUGUUGUGGAGUCCAGUCCGCUGUAAGAAAUAGAGAGAUACUCAUUCCAACAUUCAGCUGAUGUGAUGCUGCAGAAGUCAGUCUGUCUCUUUAGUACUAAAUUCCAUCUGUGUGUGUUCUGCUGGUGUUACAAUAUAUUUUGUGACCUGUCAGAUUCUGUGACCUUAUUGGGAGUUCCAGCUAUAGAGAGGCGAAAUCCCGCCCUUCCAGUGGACCCCAUGGGACCUUAUUUCGGAAAAAAUAUAUACGGUAGUCAACGGAGAGAGGCAAAUAUAUAUAUAUAUAUAUAUAUAUAUAUAUAUAUAUAUACUGUAUAUAUGUAUUUUUUUUUUCCCAUUUGAAUUGCAUCAUGAAUCACACAUAUGAUGUCUCACUUCCACACUUUUGGGUGUUCUAAUUACGUAUUUUCACAGUCUGAUACUUCAACAGUUUUACAACAAACUGAGACUUUCUUGACUUACAAAAUCAUCUUUUAAAUUGACAAACAUCAUAUGUGUGAUUCAUGGCGCAAUUCAAACGGGAUCAAAAUAAAUAUUUGUCUUGAGUACCUUUCAUAGUUUUUCCUAAAUAAGGUCCCAUGAUGGUCCACCGGAAGGGGCAGGACUUCGCCUCUCUAUUAGCUAAUAGCACUUUUCUACGAUGACGUAUAAGGAGCAUUGUAGGUAAAAAGAAAAUUAAUAAUAACGAACCUUGGGAGGGGGGUAAUACUCCAAGAAAAAACUCUGAAUAUCUGAGAUUAAAGUUGUAAAUUGCCGUGCCGUGCAUGGUUAGCACUUUCGCCCCACAGCAUGUGUGGAGUUUGCAUGUUCCGGUUUCCUCCGGGUUCUCUGGUUUCGUCAGUCUUCGUGCAUCAGGAAGGGCAUGCCACGUAAAACACAUGCCAAAUCAAAUACGUGGAUCAUUAAAUCAAAUACCGGAUCAGUCGAGGACCGGGUUACCACCUAGAUGGAAACAGAUGAUCCGCUGUGGCGACCUCUAGCGGGAGCAGCCCAAAGAGGAAGAAUCUCAGAAAAUAUCUGAGUUUUGUCUUGUAAAUUUACGACUUUAAUCUCUGAAAUUUUGCGUUUUUUCUCGUAAUAUUACACUCCUCUACAAUGCCACCAAUACGUCCUCUUACUUUUCUACCUCUCAGACAACCUGCUCUGCCUCCUGAGCCACAGCCGUCCAGGGUCACAUGUCUUGUUAGCUGUUACGUAAAACACUGACCUCAUUGUUGUUGCAUAGUUUGACCUUUAUUUGCUCGCUGUAACGGCAGGAACUGGUGGUCAGUAGUGUGUAGUAGAGCCAGUGUUAACGUUUCACAAAUGUCGACCAAGAAGUAACAAGAAAGUGCAGUACAGAAAUGCAAAAGAUAUUUUUUGGAAGUAAUUUAAAAACAAUGCCUCCAUUACAUGUAGUUUCUCCACCAGAGAGCAGAAACUCAUUUUUCAAAUGUAAAAUAUCCAGAAAUAAUUAUCUUUAAAUACUUUCUAAAAAAAUAAGAAAAGAAAAUCAUCUGAAGUGGGACGUCAGCUUCAGCUGAAUGUUGGAUGAAGUCCUAACGAGAACCAGUAUGGAGGAUGAGUUACUGGGACUGAGAGAGUGUUCAAUCAGACUUUAAUUAAUAUCUAAAAAACAUGGAAAAUUAUACUCUUAUAGAAUGAUUUCUGGCAUGAAGCUGAAUCACUGUGGGAUUAUAUUUAAUGCAUUACAGUUUAAAAUGAAUAAUGGAAACUUGAUUCUAAACACUCACCAUGUGACAAAUGACCUUCAUGUAACAUAUUUCUUAAUUUUGGAUUUAAUUAUCAGUCGGGUAGUCAAGGCAGACUGAAGUGAAGAAUAGCCAGUAGGAAAUGAAGACGUUGCUUUCGUUUCCUUUAACAGCUUUUAUUCUUGAGAGCUUCGCACAUUUCUAUUGGUUCCAAAUUCUCUACAGAAAAAUUUCCAGCAUUAAAUUUUAGUUUUCUUUCAGAGGUGGUUAUAGGGAGUUGAUGGGAAGUGGAGCUCCUCCAGUGGCUGAACGGCUAUUAAAAACAUAUUUGAAAGAAAUACUGUAGUCAAACCAACGUCGCACAGUGGAUUUCUACACUUGCUGAGUUGCAUCACUGCAUUCUUGCUGCUGCUCAGACAUUUAAUAUAUUUUAGGUUUUAAAUAAUUCCCACAGCAGCUCCCCUCAUGUUCAGGGUGAAUCUGCUGCAGAAACUACCCACUGAGCAAUAGAUGUCUUUUCAACAUCACCUCUUUGCUUUAGCGCUGAUAGAGACCACAGGAUUUAUUGGCCACACAUAGCCUGGUUUUAGACCAUAUUUUAAAAACAAAAUUACAUAUUUUUUAAAUGCAAAACCUGUUUACAGUAUAACUGUAUAUGUUUAUACACAGAUUCACAGAUUGAAACAAUGCCUAGGCUAAGACUAGAUGUCUACUAAACUUAAUGAAUAACCUUAAUCUAAACUAAACGUCUACAGACAAAAUGAGAUCCUGUGAGCAGUGAGGAAGAGGAAAGACAACAGUGAGUGUGUGGGAUUGAAUUGUUUUUAUAUUUAUUCUAUAUUUAUGAAGAAUGUUACUUUCUUUGUCAUUUGAAAUGUUUUUGUUUUCUUUUCCAUGUUUUGUUUCUGGAAAGAUGUUUUCUUAGCGUACAUUCAUAGAGCUCACACAGUAUUUAUUUACUGCAACGCUCUCUAAUCUCAUCUAAUGAUUGGAUUCGUAUCUGCUGUUUGUCAAAAUGCUGAAAUAUAUUUUCACUUUCUGUUACUACAAGACCAGGAUGUUGGUAAUAAUCACAUUUACAUUUUACACAAGAGUUGUCUUGUUAUUAGCAAUUCUUUUUCUGAAUGUGGUGAAGCUUUUUUUCUUCUGAGAUGAAACAAACUCCCCAAGUCAAUCACAUUAUGCAGUUUCCUUCUCUAUGCACAGAUCUGGCUCAGUUAGUAUUUUGCAGAUGAUCUCCUGUUGUUAUACUUUUAAACCAUCCUUGAGUACACCGAGUACAGUGAAAGUACAGUGAAAUGAGUCCCAGUAAAUCACAUUCAUUCUUUCUGCAAUCAACAACUUAUUUAACAGCGUUAACACGGUGAGCUCCACUCAUUUGAUCUUCCCCAGCAAAUCUAAAGAAAUGCUAAAAAUAAUCUGCGUAUGUAUUAUCUCAUCUACCCAAAAAAACAGUGACUGAUAUGCUGCAGGUGAUGUAUCUUGUACUCCUUGGGCCGUUUUGUUGUUUGGUUUUAUUUUUCUUCUCCAUCAAAGAGCGAAGAGUUUAACAAUCGUACAGGGAGUCAUUUGUCACACAAACACAAGAGUGCACAACCACAGAGUCUACACUGUGGUCACAAGUUUAUAUGUCUACAUCCUGACAACCAAAUGUGAUUGAAAGCAGCAGAAUGAAAGCAUAAGGCAUUCUGGGAAAUGUAGGUUAAAAACUGAACCUUAUAGGCGUCAUAAAAACAGACUUCAUGGCAGAACGGUUGUUUUAGAUUUCACCAGUCUGUACAGGUGUACCUAAUAAAGUGGCCACCGAGGAUAUGUUACUGAGUUAUGGGUUCUUUUUUUCUGGUAUUGACUAAACUAAUAUGUCACUAUUUUAAUUUUUUGUAGUUUGGUCAUCAUAUUGAAUGAUGCCCUCAUCCACAACUGCUUCCUGUCUACAGCAAAACUGUAAGAAACCCAGUAUGUGUGAGCCGACUGUACAGCUCUCAGACCAGAGCUUUAGACAAACUGCACAGAACUAACUAUUUAAAAAGGUCACUUCCCUCCAUGGUAACUUAUAUUGAAAUACAGGUAUAGGUUUUAUUUUACUGCCCUUUAUAUUAGACAUUCUGUGUUAUGAUGAACAACAGCUGAAUGUGUUCUAUUUUGUCCAAUCAAUAAUCAGUAUUAGAGCGGAAACCUUUCCGUAGACUUCUGGUUUAACUUCAGUCGAGCUUAAAGGAGUUGAAAGUGUUUGUUAGCCUGUGGAGCGGGCUGUGGUUGCCAUGGUGUUUUUCUCGUUGGAUACCUUCUACCCGCCCACCCAUCAGCUUUGACUGCACAGGUGGGCAGACUUACCUGUAGCCUUGCAUAAUGACAACACUUGAACUAAACACAAUCAGUCACAGCCUAAACCAGCUGAAUGUUUGCCACUGCAUCAAGUAAAGAUAUUAAAAAAAACGUGUUGUUUGGAGAAUGGGAGGAGAGUGGUUCAACUACUUUCAUGUGCGCUGUUUGUUUUGCUUGUUUCAAAUAUUUUUUAAAGUUGAAUAAUUUAUUUCCUGGCAAAAUAAAGCUGUAAACAACUAUAAA